AGAGGAGCGUUUCAUUUUCCAACCCGGAAGUAGGUGACACCGCUGGGCUGCGAGUUUGGUUUUGUAAGACCAUAGUUGAUCUGUAAGUUGUAUUAUUGUGUUGUUUAGAAGAGCACACCUGCAUGCGAAGUUAACAUCUGCUCGUAUCCACCUGGAUGUUGAGCGUUCGGGCUCUGUUUGGGAUCGGCUUCCUGGUGACCUCGCGAGCAGCAGCCGCCCUCGCUCAGACGGGGACAUGUCCGCUGUCCUCCGCCGCUGACGUCCACAAACACAACUGUAUCGGCAGCAGACCGGCGUCCACCAUGGCCCAGACCAUCAAGUACCUGGGGCAGGAGGAGGCCCAGCACAUCGACGAGGAGCUGUUCAGCGAGUACGGCUUCAGUGUGGAUCAGCUGAUGGAGCUGGCAGGACUCAGCUGUGCCACGGCCAUCACACGGGCAUAUCCACUUACAUCCCUGGUGAAGGCCAGACCUUCUCUGCUGGUGAUCUGUGGACCCGGAAACAACGGGGGCGACGGCCUCGUCUGCGCCCGUCACCUCAAACUCUUUGGAUACGAGCCCGCCAUCUUGUACCCGAAGAGGCCGAACAAGCCGCUGUUCCAAGGCCUGACCACCCAGUGUGAGAAGAUGGAGAUCCCCUUCCUGACUGAGAUGCCUGAGGCUAAAAUGAUUGAUGAGGCUUACAACGUGGUGAUAGACGCCAUCUUUGGCUUCAGCUUCAAGGGGGCGGUGCGGGAGCCUUUUGGCUCCAUCCUGAACGUGCUGAAGAAGACCACCGUCCCCGUAGCCAGCAUCGACAUCCCCUCAGGUUGGGACGUGGAGCAGGGCAGCCCGGACGGACUCCAGCCCGACAUGCUCAUCUCUCUCACGGCUCCGAAGAAAUCGGCCGCCUCGUUCAGAGGACGGUACCACUUCCUGGGGGGGCGCUUCGUGCCGCCCGGCUUGGAGAGGAAGUACCAGCUCAACCUGCCUCAGUACCCCGGCACAGACUGUGUGUUACAGCUGUAGACGCUGCCAGGUGUUUGAGAAGGUGAUGAGGACGUAAAGCCCACAGACGUGUUAAAUUUAGAGAUGGAGCCUGGAAGAGCUUAGCUUAGCUUAGCAUAAAGACUGGGGAAAUUGGCUAGCCUAGCUGUUGCUUAAUUAUGACAGUGAAGCCAAUUGAUUUAUAGCCGUUCUUGUCUUGUCAUUACAGCCUGAUAUGGUAUCACCACGCUUCUACACAAAACUUAAACCCAAUUAACCCAAAUACAAUAAAAAUAAACACUUAAAACCCAUUACUUACAGAGACUAGCAAGCUGUGUCCACCUGCUUCUAGUCUUUAUGCUAAGCUAGGACAGCCAGGAUCAAAUAUUCUGCAAAAUUCAAAUAUUUGCUUCUUGGAGAGCCAUAGCUAGCACUCAGUUAGCUUAGCAUAAACACUGGAUCUGAUUAAAGAGGUUAGCCUAGCUCUACACAUUUUUUUUAUUUUUAUUUUUUUACAGAUCUAAGCUAGUUAAGCUAAACUAAACAAAUACUAUUUUUUUUUGCUUCCAGUCUAACUGCUAAGCUAACAUAACCACAACCCAAUUUCACCUUAAUUUAUUUAGUUAAUAGUGACAUAGUAACAGUAAAACCACUACUGUUUGUGUAUGCGAUAUAUGUAGCUACAGUUAGCAGCCAUUUACCUUAGCAUGACCACUGCAGAGAAAGCAGCUAGCUUAGAUCUAUCUUUGCUAAUAUGUGUGUAGGUGGUUUUGAGACAGAGCUAAGCUAAUUUAUUAAUCCAGUCUUUAUGCUAAGCUAACAUAACCAGAUCCUGACUCCAGCUCUGUCUAAACACUCAGCCAAUUAACUUACAAACAUAUGCUACUUGUCUGUGUAUGCUACACACGAGGCUACAGCUAGCCCAUUACCUUAGUGUGAACAGUGAGAGGGGAGCUAAGCUAGGCAAGCUUUCCGAUUUGUUUAUACACAUAAGAAAGUGGUACCAAUCUUAAUGCUGAACAGUUCCUUUAAAUGUGGGAGACUUAGAUCGGUUUCUGCGUGGUGAAUAAAUGUCGGUGUGACUUUAAUGCUGCUCUCCUGUAAACCCAAAGAGCUGUUACAGUACGAUUAGCUUUCUGAAAGAGUUGAAGCUAAUGAAAAUAAACACAAUGCAGACUA